AUGGCAGAGGCGGGAAGAGAGCAUGCGGGCCUCGGGCUCUUCGGAAGAGACGCGACUCAGUGGCCUCUCCAGCGGUAUGGCCGCUUCAUGCCCUCGGGCACCGGAGAACCGCCUGGGCCUGGCCUGGAAGCUGGGACAGCCUCUUCCCCGACAUGGAAGGUUUUUGACUCCAGUGAAGAAUCUGGGCACCUUGUUCUCACCAUAGUUAUAUCAGGUCAUUUCUUCAUUUCCCAAGGACAGACGCUACUGGAAGGGUUUUCACUCAUUGGUAGCAAGAACUGGUUGAAGAUUGUAAGACGCGUGGAUUGCCUGUUAUUUGGAACAACGAUAAAGAACAAGAGCCGUAUGUUCCGGGUGCAGUUUGGUGGAGACUCGAAGGCGCGGGCGCUGGAACACUGCUGCGGCUGCGUGCAGGCCCUGGCCCAGUACGUGCCCGUCCAGGCGCCGGACGGAGUCGGCCCGCGGCUCGGGCCGCAUCCUGACCCCCUGAGGGCAGGCCCGGGCCCGAGGGAGGGCUGUGUGUGGAGCGUCCCACUGCAGCAUGGGUCACACGGGCACCCGGAGCAGCAGCAGGGGGCACCGGCCAGCUCGAGCACUCCAGGAGGAAGGACCUCGCUCACCUGGUUGGCUCAGUCGCUGCUGGCGUCAGAGGAGCCGGCGCUCGGUUGUGCGCUGUCUGCAUGGAAUGCAGAAGAGUUGGGCCCCUUUCUCCGCUUGUGCCUCUUGGAUCAGAACUUCCCAGCAUUUGUGGAAGAGGUGGAAAAGGAACUAAAAAAGCUGAUGGGCUGAGGAACUAACGUUCUGUGUACAUACGGGACUGAGGAACUUGAGAGCAUUGGAAAAAUGCUUCCUCCUAAGGUUAAAGAAGA